AUGGUUGCUGAAAUUCCUGAUGAAGUUGUGCGUGUCCUUAAUGUUGUCCCUAUCACCAAUCCCUUUGUCCCCGAUAUGUCUAAAUUAGAACCGUUUGAUGGGAAGAAUUAUAGGAUGUGGUCUGAUAAAAUCGAAUUUUUCUUAGGUCAGAUUGGUGUUGAUUAUUGUUUGGUUGUUAAUGUUGCUCCUGAAAAUUCUGUUAGGGAUUUUGUGAAAGAUAAUAAGACAUGUCGUGGGAUGUUACUGCAUUAUAUGACUGCUUCCCUUUAUCUGAUUUAUAGUAAGUCUAAAAAUGCUAAGGAGAUUUGGGAUGGUUUGAAUGCUAAGUAUGUGACUGAUGAUUUUGGGGCUAAGAAAUAUGCUUGUAGUCGUUGGUUGAAGUUUUCAAUGAAUGAUGAUAAACCUGUGCUUGAUCAAGUUCAUGAGUAUGAACAUAUAUGUGCUGAUAUUAUCGCCGAGGGUAUGGCUAUUCCUGAUCUUUUCCAAGCCAAUUGCCUACUAGAAAAAUUGCCUUCUUCUUGUGAUAAUUUUGUUCAUUCCUUAAAACAUAGGCAGAAAGAUUUUACCCUUCAAGAGUUAGUGUCCCAUAUUAAGAUUGAGGAGCAGAACCGUAUCCAAAUGAAAGGAAAAUCAGUUGAUCAUUCUUCUUGUUCUGCUAAUCUUGUGGAAAAUAAGACUGCUGUAGGUAAAGGACCAAAAGGCAAAGGUCAAAAUCAGUUUCAUGGUACCAGGCAGAUUAACAACAACUUCAGGGAAAAGGUAAAUUUAAGGGAAACUGAUUUGUGUGUGGUCAUCAAGCUGAAUGCUUAUUGUCCUCAACGAUUCAAUUCUAGCUUUGUUCCUUCUUCCUCGGAGAGUGUCAUUCGAGCCUUAGCUGCACUAUCAGUUGGUGGUGAAGCAAAUGAUUCAGUUUAG